AUACCAAAGAAGAAACAUGUUCGGUAGUGGUAUCCACUACAGCUUUACUGUAAUGUUUACGGACCUUUUACGGUUCAGGGUCGUCCUGAUUUUACUUCGUUUACUCGUCACAGUACCAGUCUUGUGUUGAUCAGCCUGUUAAUGUUUAAUGUUGGGAAAGUUGCAUGAAGCAGAAUAGAUGUCGAAAUCCCUUCUGUUACACAACUCGGUAGAGAACAUUUUACCAGUAGACGUGCUCAAACUCUUAAUGUAAAUCAUCUCUUUUCAUUUAGCUUAAUUAAAUGUUAGAAUGGCCGCCUUGCGAGCAGCAAAGCAAGGCCUGAGGAAAGAAUUAAAGCGACGGGUUGCCACAGUGACGGACGACGAGAAACGACGGCAGUCUCUUGUCGUUUCACAGAAGUUGUUCAGUCACCCCAAGUAUGUGUCCUCUCAGCGGAUUGCUGUGUUUCUGAGUAUGAAGGAUGAAGUGAAUACUCAGGAAAUCAUCAAGGACAUGCUUAAGUGUGGUAAAAGCUGCUUCAUUCCUAGAUAUGAGAGUACUAGCAGUCAUAUGGACAUGUUGAAGGUCAACAGUCUGCAGGACAUAGAGAUGCUGCCUCUGACCUCCUGGAAUAUCCGGCAGCCUGCCAGGGAUGAUAACAGCAGAGAGGAAGCAUUGGCUUCAGGAGGUCUGGACCUGAUUUUGAUUCCAGGGCUGGGCUUUGACCGUGCCAGGAACCGACUGGGACGAGGGAAGGGUUUCUAUGAUAACUACCUGGAGCGUUGCAAAAAACACCCCAAAGGCUCACUCAGACAACCACAGUAGUGGGGUGUAAGCCAGCGGUUCUCAAACUUUGGCAUAUCACGAGAGGGGAAAAGUUCACAAGACAUAUUUUCAACUAAUUCUUAACAUAAAAAGGCCCGAGCUGAAUCAAUUAAUGUAAGCAUCAUCACACUGUAUAUUUUCUUAACAAAAAUCAUUGAAAUUAGUGUAACUAAAUAAUUUGUUGUUGUCUUCCAUGCUCAAUUGCAAUUAUAUUAUUCCUCACACUAACUACUGUUGUUAACUGGAUGGAAGCUUUAUCAGUGAGGAAGCACAUGCAAGUUACUUGAGAAAAAGGAAAGUAUGAAUUGUAUUUACAUUUUUUGUAGAAUUAUUAACCAUUCUUACCUAUUUACAUAGCUUCAAAAACAUUAGCAAAUGUAGCUUAAAUCACUAGAUUAGAUAGAGCCCAUAUUUUUUUGCUUUGCAUCUGUAAACAGACCUUAACAAAUACAAACAAAUCUUUUUUUGCACACACACAAAUUCUCAUCUAUAGAUGCACAAACAUAAAAUUUUCAGAUGUUUUGGUUUACAAAGUUACAAAACUCAUAACUACACAGUCUGAUUUACAAGUACAAAAUAUUUAUGACCACAGUUUGAGCCCAUAUACCUCUUUCUCCCAACAAGGUUUAAGUGUUUCCUGUGUGAGGUGAUCCUGUUCAUGCCCUUGCAAAUUCAUCCAGCAAUUUAAUGAAAAUUGUUUUCUUCUGAUAUCAAGAGGCAUUUCUCCCAUUUCCAUCUGAAGUGUAGCUGUUGGGGUUGAUUUUGUUGCAGCUGUACAGAGUCUUAAA